UAUUUAUAUUUAGUGGUUUAUUAGUUUUAUAGCGUUAGCCUAUUAUUAUUUUUUAUACUUUUUUCAUAAACGAUGAAGCAUUUGCAAUUUGUGCUCGUUUUGGCCAUCGCGGUCAACGUGUGGGAAUGUGGAGACGCCAAAUUCGGCGAGAGAGGAGAACUGAACCCCAGGAGAAGGAGAUGUUAUGACGGGAGUUUGCCCAAGCGCCUGAAGAAAAGGGAGAGAAAACUAUUGCUCGACGGCGGCGGCAGCGGAGAUGUUUGUCACAGGUUGUACCCACGCGUGUCCUGCUGUCCCACCAGGAGAGCCGCCUAUCAGAUCCUGCACCGCAGGGAUGCCAGGAUUUUCUCCACUAAUAACACUGAAUGCGGACGCCUCCUGGAGGAGAUCAAGUGCGCUCGCUGCUCCCCCAAUGCCCAGGUGCUGUUCCACUCCUUGGACACGGAUAAGAUGCCACACAGGGAGCCCGACCUGCCGCGGCUCUGCCAGGACUUCUGCCGCGAGUUCUACUACACCUGCCGGGGGCACAUACCAGAACUGUUUCAGGCUGAUGUGGAUGAGUUCUGUCAGUACUAUGGACGGAGAGAUGGCACGUCUAUGUGCUUUCCAGACUUUCAACGAAAGCCACGAGUACAGGAUUCCAACUACUUGGAAGAUGAGAAAAUAGAAGAUAUCAGCAGGAAACACAAACACAACUGCUACUGUGCCCAGGAGGUGUUGAGUGGUCUGAGGCAGCCAGUGGCUGUGGUGCAUUGUGGGGAUGGAUCUCAGCGCCUCUUUGUCCUGGAGAGAGAGGGAAUUGUCAGGAUACUCACCCACGAACUUGAGCUGAUCAAAGAGCCCUUCUUGGAUAUUCACAAGCUGGUGCAGAGCAGCCUGAAGGGUGGAGAUGAAAGGGGCCUGCUAAGCCUGGCAUUCCACCCCAAUUACAAGAAGAAUGGCAAGCUGUACGUCUCCUACACCACCAACCAGGAGCGCUGGGCCAUCGGACCGCACGACCACAUUCUCCGUGUGGUGGAGUACACCGUGUCGAGGAAAAACCCAAAUCAAGUUGACACCAGGACAGUGCGGGUGCUGAUUGAAGUGGCGGAGUUACACAGGAAGCACCUUGGAGGUCAACUGCUCUUUGGCCCUGAUGGUCUAAUGCACAUCGUACUGGGAGAUGGAAUGAUCACCUUGGAUGACAUGGAGGAGAUGGAUGGACUCAGUGAUUUCACAGGGUCCAUCCUCAGGGUCGACGUGGACACAGACUAUUGCACGUCGGCCUACUCUAUACCACGGGACAAUCCAUACUUUAACAGUACCAACCAGCCACCAGAAAUCUUUGCCCACGGAUUACAUGACCCAGGCAGGUGUGCAGUGGAUCGACACCAGAGGGAAAACGGGAGUGUUCUGAUCAUGUGUACAGAUGCCAGUGGCAAAAACUCCUCAACAGGAAGAAUAUUGGAAAUAGUAAUGGGGAAAGAUUAUGAAAAUGAGCCCUCCAUCUACGACUUGCAGUCCAGUGGGGGAGCGCAACCUGUGGGGGGCUUCAUCUACAGGGGAUGUCAGUCUAGAAGGCUGUACAGCAGUUAUGUGUUUGGAGAUAAAAAUGGUAACCUUCGGAUUCUGCAGAAAUCCUCAUUUUCAUCAUCAACAAGUGGUGACCAGUGGCAGGAGAAAGCUCUGUGCCUGAGCUUGGCCGGCUCUUGUGGAUCUUUAACAGCGGGACACAUCUUGGGUUUUGGAGAAGAUGAACUGGGUGAGGUCUACAUACUGGCAAGCAGUAAAAGCAUGGCACAGUUACACAGCGGGAAACUCUACAAGUUGGUGGACCCUAAAAGGCCCCAUGCCCCAAAGGAGUGCCAACGUCAAGUGGAGCCUCCAGAGCUACUGAUGACGGCUUGUUCUAGACAAUGUAAGAACGGACACUGCACUCCGACGGGCAAGUGCUGCUGCAGUGCUGGCUGGGAGGGACCAUUCUGCAGAAUUGCAAAAUGCGAACCGGUCUGCAGAAAUGGAGGAGUGUGCAUAGAGCCCAACUUGUGCCUGUGCAAAAGUGGCUACUCCGGCGCUCAGUGUGAGAGCAGUGAGCGGGGAAUGCCCAACGAUCAGCAAAAAGACGGCCUACUGGACCACAUCAUUGACAUGACUUCGUACCUCCUCGACCUAAGCACCUACAUCGUAUAGGGGUGUACAAUGGGAGGAGGCCAUCAUCCUAAAGUGACACAAAUCUACCUACCACCACCAGCAGGCGCUAAUGAGGUGUCCUUAAUAUGGCAUCUUCUUGUUCCACACAAGCAUGUGUAUACACACACAUACACAUACACAAAUACGCACAGGCUCCUCGUCAGGCUGCGCUUCAUCCACAUCUCCAUAACCAAACUCUUCCUUUUCCAACCUAUAAGCUACUUGCUCUUGAGCACCAGGCCUGGCAUCCAAGCCGUGUUCACAUUUCAAGAGAUGUGAGAUGGACUGAGACAUUCUCUCUGUCAUUUGUGCACGGCUGACUCCUCGUUAGGGUCAACACUUGCCACAGAGGACACUGCACAGGAACAGACCGUUUUAACCUGAGACUUUGUUUUCUGGGGCUGUCAGUCGCCUUAUGUAAGACCCUGAAAAAUGGAGUUUGAAGAUGUUUCAGCAAAGACAGUCCAGGAGUUACCUAAAGACUGAAAAAUCUGAGGAAUGGCAACAUUUUUGAGCUCAAGAGCUAAUUUUUUUUCCAUUCAAAUACAGCAAAGUAAAGAUGUUUUAAAGAACACACUGCUUCUCAGCCUCACUUAUACUGUCAUCGUGCAGAGCUGCAGUCCUCUGUGCUGUUCUAUUCUAAAGGCACACUUAUGAUGUAUUUAGUUUGUGAGCACAUUGUCAUAAAAGGUAUAGUGGUAUACAGUACGUGUACUUUGGUAGAGACUUGUUAUCGCUUGUAAUCGAUGUACAGAAUGGCUCUUCGGCAGAGGACUAUGAUCUACACGUUGUACAUUUCAAAGCCAGUCUCACAUGAUCUGAACAGUCUCCUACUCCUGUGCACUGUAUUUGUUUCUUUCGUUAACAUCGUUACUCAUAAAGAGUUAAGUGAGAGUAGCUUCGGAUCCACACCGACACAGAUCUGGUUUAAUAAACUCCUUCCAUUGUGUCACACACUGAACCUGAACCCAAACGCCGCAUGACAAAGGGAAGAGACAGCACAGUGAUGUAUAUUUCCAAUAGACGACUUAGCAUUGCAAAAACUAUAACAAUACUAUUAUUAUCAUAGAGGAGGGUUUAUUUUUUUAUGCGUAAUAAUAUAUGGGAGAGAAUGGUGUUUAUAGAAAGCAGUUUUAUUACCUUCAUCAGCUCAUAUCAUUUCCUGUUCUUUUAAAUGCUGUAGUGCAUAGUUGAACCCAAACAGACUGAAGAAACCAACUGCCUUAAACUAUUUACUCAAGUGCAAAUAAAACAUACCAGCUGAUGUAAUUAAAGGAGAUGAAACUAAUUAUAUACAGUCAAAAUAAAUAGGCUUCACUGAUUAAAAACACUUUGAAUUAUUUGGGUUAAUUCAACUUAAAUGGGUUAAGGUGGUUUCCUGAAGAGUUCAACCCAACUCAUCAGCUUUCACAGUGCAAAUAACCUUCUUCCACUGUUGAGAAAAGUUCACCAGAAUGCCUUGUAUUUUUUUUAAUGCAUGUCUAUGCCUGCACAGAGAAAUGUGAGGCAGGUGGAUGAGUGAUUCUCAUAUUUUACCUUAAGAUAUGGCAACAUUACCGCUGUCAGUAAUGUGUCUCGGUUGUGAAAUGAUCAAAGAUCCAGUCGGGCCAUCAGGUCGCUGCUGAAUCAGUUGACAGUUCAAGGGAGAUGUUAUCUGCAGAGGGCACGUUUAAGAUUAACCUGAGAAUCUCUCUCGUGGAGAUACUGUAAGUGUGAGAAACAGUUCAGCUCCAUGUGCUCCUGCAGGUUAUAUUGCCCAUAUUUCACUUCACUGCAUAAUCAAUGUUAUUAAUACCUCUAAUUUGUGGUUUAAAGUUGCAUACUAUCAGGUUUUAAUCUUGUUUCCCUUGAUGAUUUUUUGAUAAAACAGUUGUCACAGGUCAUUGAAGAUCAGCAAUGUCUCAAAGCGCAUUUGUUUGUGUUUCCAUCUCCCACUUUGCUUGUUUUGCAGAAAAAAGUCAGCUCUACCUGUUCUAAUGAGGCAAAAUGGAAUUCAUGCUGUAAAAAUGGAAAGCAUCAUAAUUUUAGCACUUAAUGUGAACGUUGCAUUGUAGCUGCUGAGAAGGCGUGGUGUGAAUAGAAUAACCAUUUGCAUUAUUUAAGUAGUUACACAAAUAAAAUAAUUAUUUAAGUUCUCUAUGUUGUUUUUACCAUUGUACUGUAUGUGACAAUUUUUUAUACCUCUAUUGUAAAUAAAGCUAGGGAUAACUUUGUUUCUCUUCAGAAAUAUCAAUAUGUGUAUUAAAAUUUAUAGCAUGUCUGAAA